AUGGAAGAACAACUUGAGUAAGUUCUAUCUAGAUUUGACGAAGAAAUUACUGAAACUCAUUUGAAAAAGUUCAAAGCAUGCUCUACAAACUUUGUUGGCUCUAGAGGAAAAUUUAAUAAUUUCCUUUCAAAUAUUGUAUUUGAAGAAGAGCCAUCAGCCCCAUGAAGACCUCCACAACCAACCCCUUUAGAUAAUUCCAAAUCAAAAAUACAAGGCUCCUUAUUUCAUCAGAGUAAUAAUGGCACAAAAUCACUUUUCAAAAUUGAAAUUCCUCAAAACAAUAGUUUAAGUGACGGGAAGAAUUUGAAAAUUGAGAGCAAAUCUUUAACGACAAGAAGUGAGUCUAAUAGAGAAUAUGAGAAUGCAGCUAAAAAUAUAACUAAAAGGUAUGCAUUUCCAAAAGAAAGUGGAAUUAAUGAAAAAAUAAGUAAAAACCCGUUUACUGAGCUGAAUAGCAAGAAAAAAGAAGCAUUAAUAGAUAAUAAGAAAGAGACAGGAUUGAUAAAAAAGUUAGGCGACAUAGAUAAGGCUGCAAAAUUGCAGAAAACUCAAGAAAAUUCUUGGCAAAAAGCAUACUUAGAAAAUCCAAUAAGCAAAAAUAAAAACAAAAAUGAAAAUGGCGGCCCUAAGAUUUCCCAUAGAUCCCAUAACUCAGAUUCUGAUGUUUUAGCUAAAAUUUUCAAAUCAAUUGACAGUAUGAAGUCUUCAGAGUUUUCGAUCCAAAAGCCAAUCUUUAACCAGCAAGCAAUUUUACCUUUCGAGCCUUUCUCUUCUCCAAAAACCAUACUUAUCCCAGGCAUAAAAACCCAUGAAAAAUCAAAACUUGACAUAAAAGCUCAAGAAGCAUUAUUGUCUAGACUAUAUCAAACUCCCAGAAAUUGCAGAAGUGAAAUGACAUCUCCAACCCUGACGAGCUCUUCUAGAGCUACACCUAAAAGAUCACUCACAAAUAACAAUAGCCCAGAAGUAGCCAGAACGAAAAUCAAAGAUGAUGGGCACAGAUCUCCAAUUAAAUUAAGAAAUAACCAUAAAAGUAGUGGAAGUUUAACUGAUAGAGCAGCAAGGCCGCAUUUAGAGUCAAAAAUGAGCAAAGCGCCCAGGGUUAAGCAAAAAUAUUUGGACCUUAAAAAUAAAUAG